AUGAUACUGCGUAUACUCGCUGCCUUUUGCUGGUAUUUUGUUGCAGUCUCUGGUCGAGGACCAGCAACGCUGUCCGGUCAAAGACCGCUUCGCCCUUACGAACAGGUACUCACUCCAGCAGCAAAAGCCGAACUCCUCAGUUUACAACGGCAACAAACGACGACAAACUUGAAGAGUCUUACUGGAUAUACGGCGAACGCUCAAGCAGAUUACAUUCAAUCGCUGCCUGGUAUAUCCAAUUCGAAUAUUAAUUUCCGUCAAUUUUCGGGAUAUCUCAAUGUAAGUACCAAGAAACACAUUUUCUACUGGUUUAUCGAAAGUCAGCGAAAGCCAGCAACCGAUCCUGUGAUAUGGUGGAGCAACGGCGGACCCGGCUGCUCUGGACUAAUUGGAAUGUUAGAAGAGUUUGGUCCAUUUCGAGUUCAGCCUGAUAAUAUAACACUUCUGAUUAAUCCGUAUUCAUGGAAUCGUUUAGCGAAUAUUUUGUUCGUCGAAUCACCUGUUGGAGUGGGAUUUAGUUAUAGUGAUGCGCCCAAUCAGGAUUAUUUGGCUUGGAAUGACAGUCAAAGCGCGCAAGACAAUUAUUUUGCUGUACUCUCAUAUUUCGCCAAAUUUCCUCAGUAUCGUAAGAAUGAUUUUUACUUGAGCGCCGAAUCAUAUGGCGGCCACUAUGUUCCGCAGUUAGCAAAAGAGAUUGUAGACCGAAAUGCAAAGUUGACCACAAGCGACGUUAACAAAAUUAAUUUGAAAGCUCUUCUAAUCGGAAAUCCUGUAAAUGAUGCUUUUUCAGUACAGUAUACUGGAAAUGAUCAAGCUUACUGGGGACAUUCACUGAUUGACAAUCCAACAUGGCAAGGUAUCGUUAAAUACUGCAUUGAACCAUUCGAAAAGGAUCCAUACAAUUCCAGCACUGGAAAAGGAUAUCAACCAUGGACAAAUGCCACUUGUGUCCAUUUUGAUGAUAAAGCUAAUUUUUUGGUGGCACCGCAAUAUACUGAUAGUAACGCGAAUCCAACAGGUCUCGAUCCAUAUGGUCUUGACUACUCGUAUUGUACAUCUGUUCAACAACAACGAGAAACGUUGUGGUACUUUAAACAUCGAGGAAGCGUCACGAAUAGUGACAGUGAUGUCGUGUUCCGUCCCUGUAUCAAUUCGUACACGAUUGCCUAUCUAAGCUCGUCAAAAGUACAAAAAGCACUUCACGUUCAAUCAUCCAAAAUUCCGCCGUAUCAGACACGAACGGAUAAGUCGAGUGGUUGGUAUGAUUGUUCGGCGAUGGUUGGCCAAAAUUACAAAUCUACGGAUUACUAUCUCGAUAUCACACCGGUGUAUACAUACUUGAUCAAAGAGCUUCCCCAACUAAAAAUUCUAGUUUUCAGUGGUGACGACGAUGGUGUUUGCGCGACUGUAGGAAGUCAAUAUUGGAUGUAUAGAAUGAAUCUAACUGUCACGUCGGCAUUCCAGCCAUGGUAUGACUUCUAUGAGCCGGAUCAGUUUGGUGGUUAUUUUGUUAAAUUCAAAGGCAUAGCAUUAGCUACAGUACACGGGGCUGGACAUGAAAUUGCUUAUUACUCACCUCAGCGAGCUUAUGGAUUUUUCCAAUAUGUAUUAGGCGGAAAAUUUUGGCCGUAG